AGCUGUGGAAUCCUGUUCAGGGUUCCCCCUUGGUCCCAGCACUGGAAUUCCUGUGGCAGUCCCAGCUCGUCAUGCUGGAGGACGAGCACCAUCGGGACAGCUCCAGAAUUCCGCUCCAGACCGUCGGUUUAUAGACUUAAAAAACUGCAUUUAGGACACAGUGAGUUCACCUUCAGACAACAUCACUUCCAGAGAAUCUAAGUGGAGCUGAGUUGCACUAAAAAUAGUGAUUUUAAUUAUUGCUGAUCUCUUUCUCUUUGAGUCAUGUUGCUUGCUCUGGAUAUGGCUCUGGUAAUCAGAUAAUGUCAUUCAAGGGUCACAGUUACCUCAGGGUAUAAAUCAAAUAGAAAUGGACACUGUUGAAGAUCUGAGAAGAAAACUCCAAAGUCUGGAGAAAAUAAAUUUGGAAUUAAACCAUCAACAUGUUCAAGAGAUAUUUCGCCAUGAAAAAGAAAUAAUAAAAUUAAGGUUGGAACUGGAGAGAGGAGAAGUUCAUCGUCAACAUCUGGAGAGUGCAAUGUCAUUUGCUAGACAAGAGGCUCAAAUACAGAUGUAUUCCACAGAGGAUGAACUGUGUGAUGUAAAAAGCAAGGUUUUGGAACUUCAAGUACUCAAUGACAAAUACCAGGAGAAAGCAGCAGAGACUGAGAAGAUGGUUCAAAGUGCUCAGCGGCGGUGGGAAGAGGAGCAACAAAGAUUUGCUGUGGAGAGGGAUAACAUUCACAAAGUACACCUAUCUGAACUGGAAUUCCUUUUGAAAGAAAAAGCUGGAGAAGAAAUGGCUUGUCAGAAAACUAAUGUUGCCCUGCAAAGGACAGAGAGGAUGCUUAAGAAUGUGGAGGCAGAGCAGCAUGGCUGCAGCAAGAUGCUGAAGGUCCAGGCCAGCCGUCUGGAUUUCAAGGCCAAACAGCAGGAGAGGCUCAUCCAAGACCUGAAGGCAGCUGCAGUGAAAAUAAAGGAACUGGAGGACAAUGCUGCAGCAGCAAGACUAGCACAUAUAGACUGUAAAUACACUACAGAAAUCAUGCAGUUGAGAAUUCAGGAACUUGAAACCAUUUUGAGGGAAAACCAACUUGGGACGAGAGGUUUUUCAGGGGGAGCAUGGAAUAAUUCCAGAGAGUCAGAAAAUGCACAGGAGAGAGGAAAAAAAGGUUCACAAAGACAGCAUUCAUCCUCAAGUGUGCAAUGGAAAGACCAGGUUGAAGAAAGGAACAAAGCUGAAGAAUCCUCUGGGACAUUACUGCAUCCUCCAGCCAGCUUCAGCCUGGACGAAGGCUCAAUUAGAAUCAACGAAGACAAUAUACAUGAGGAGUUAGAGAAUGCUUUGCAGCGUGAGCAUGAGGCAAGAUUGCUUCUAGAAGAGCACCAGCAACGGCUUCAGGAGCUGAGUAGCAGACUGGAAUCACUCUCAUUUACUGACAUAGAUAAAAACCAAGUCUCCAAUUUAUCUCUGAUGAGCCUCCCUAAUACAACGGAGGAGCUGAGGAGAAGAGACCAAGUCCUGGAUCACCAGAAGAGACUCCUGAAAGACAUGGAGCAAGACCAGCAGCAGCUGUGGGAGACUCUCCAGGAGGCAGAAUUUGCCCUUGAUCAGGGAGUAAAAGACAAAGAGUUGAUAAUUAAUCACAUGAAAGCUGUGGAGGCUGCCCUGAAUGAGGCCAGAGAGCAGGCCAUGGCAUCACGUGCUGCAGCAGCCGCGCCACUCCCCAGCCUGCGGCUGGAGACCCUUCCAGAGGAAGCAACAGCAGGCAGACCAGAGGCUGCAUCAUUCCAGCACGUGCCUAGAAAUUUUGUAGAUCUCUACUCACUGGCAGCUCCCAAAGUUGAUACAUUAACAACAGGAAGGGACUCUUCGCAGUUUCAAUUUGAACCCUUAGCAGCUGUUGAGGCUCUUACUCCUAGUGAAGAUUACUCUCCUCAACCUCAAUUUGUGCCUAAAGGAACUGCUGCAUCUGCUGGUCCCGAAACUGAUGAUAUAUUUCGGGUCAGCGUUGCACCCAGAGCAGGGCGUACACCUGCUACUCCUGUUCCUGCUCCAGCUGAUAUUUUUCAGCCUUACAUUUCACCAAAAGCAGAUCGUAGACCUCCAGCUCCUGUACAUGCUUCUGCUGGUAAUAUUCAGGCUCCAAUUUCAUACCAAGCAGCCAGUACACCUCCUGCUUCUGCUGAUGAUGAAUCAUUUCGGCUUGUCUCCAUACCCCUAGGACCCAUUACACCUCGUACUCCUGAUCCUUAUGCCUCUUUUCAGCUUCCUGUUUCAUCCCAAGCUGCUCGUACACCUCCUGCUCAAGCACAAGCUCACGAUGAUAUUUUUCAGCCUUACAUUUCACCAAAAGCAGAUCGUAGACCUCCAGCUCCUGUACAUGCUUCUGCUGGUAAUAUUCAGGCUCCAAUUUCAUCCCAAGCAGCCAGUACAGUUCCUGCUCCUCCUGCUUCUGCUGAUGAUGAAUCUUUUUGGGGUCGAAUUGGACACCAGCUAGCCAGAACACCUCCUGCACAUGCUCGUGACAGUGAUGACUCUUUUCGACUUCAGUUUGUGCCCAGAGGAGCUGCUGCACAUCCUGGUUCUGAAAUUGAUGAUAUAUUUCGGGUCAGCGUUGCACCCAGAGCAGGGCGUACACCUGCUACUCCUGUUCCUGCUCCAGCUGAUAUUUUUCAGCCUUACAUUUCACCAAAAGCAGAUCGUAGACCUCCAGCUCCUAUUCCUGCUCCUGUUCCUGCUCCUGCUGGAAGCUGGGGAGAGCCAAGAAAUGGAAUCUAUACUUCACUUGGAAGUGACUCAGUCUUCAGGAUGUCGCCCAACAGAACCUACAGUUUGUCUGGAAUCAACUCAUUCUACACUAUUGCCCCCAGCAGAAGCCAUACUGUGUCUGGAAGUGACUCAGUCUUCAGGAUGUCACCCAACAGAACCUAUACUGUGUCUGGAAGUGACUCAGUCUUCCCUAUGCCACCCAACAGAACCUAUACUGUGUCUGGAAGUGACUCAGUCUUCAGUAUGCCAUCCAGCAUAAGCUAUCCUUCAUCUGGAAGUGACUCAGGCUACUUCAGUAGGUCACCCAACAGAACCUAUACUGUGUCUGGAAGUGACCCAGGCUCCAGUAUGCCAUCCAGCAUAAGCUAUCCUUCAUCUGGAAGUGACUCAGGCUACUUCAGCAUGUCACCCAACAGAACCUAUACUGUGUCUGGAAGUGACCCAGGCUCCAGUAUGCCAUUCAGCAUAAGCUAUCCUUCAUCUGGAAGUGACUCAGGCUACUUCAGUAGGUCACCCAACAGAACCUACACUGUGUCUGGAAGUGACCCAGGCUCCAGUAUGCCAUCCAGCAUAAGCUAUCCUUCCUCUGGAAGUGACUCAGGCUACUUCAGUAUGUCACCCAACAGAACCUACACGGUGUCUGGAAGCGACCUAUCCGCCGACUCCUUCCGGCCUCCCCAAGGACCCAUUUCGCCUCGUGGUCCUAUUCCUGCUGUUGAUGAGAAUUUUGGGCUUCUCUUUCAACCCCAAGGAGCCAGUACGCCUCGUGGUCCUCCUCCUGAUGGAUUCUGGGAAGGGCCAAGAAAUACAACCUAUACUGUGUCUGGAAGUGACUUAGCCUUCAGUAUGUCACCCAACAGAACAUACACUGUGUCUGGAAGUAGCUCAGGCUCCAGUAUGCCAUCCAGCAUAAGCUACACUUCGUCUGGAAGUGACUCAGGCUACUUCAGUAUGUCACCCAACAGAACAUACACUGUGUCUGGAAGCGACUCAGUCUUCCCUAUGCCACCCAACAGAACCUAUACUGUGUCUGGAAGUGACCCAGGCUCCAGUAUGCCAUCCAGCAUAAGCUACACUUCGUCUGGAAGUGACUCAGUCUACUUCAGUAUGUCACCCAACAGAACAUACACUGUGUCUGGAAGCAACUCAGGCUUCCCUAUGCCACCGAACAGAACCUAUACUGUGUCUGGAAGUGACCCAGGCUCCAGUAUGCCAUCCAGCAUAAGCUACACUUCGUCUGGAAGCGACUCAGGCUACUUCAGUAUGUCACUAAACAGAACAUACACUGUGUCUGGAAGUGACGUAUCCACCGACUCCUUCCGGCCUCCCCAAGGACCCAUUUCGCCUCGUGGUCCUAUUCCUGCUGUUGAUGCUCCUACUUCUGCUCCUGUUCCUGCUCCUGUUCCUGCUCCUCCUCCAGCUGGUAAUAUUCAGGCUCCAAUUUCAUCCCAAGCAGCCAGUACAGUUCCUGCUCCUCCUGCUUCUGCUGAUGAUGAAUCUUUUUGGGGUCGAAUUGGACACCAGCUAGCCAGAACACCUCCUGCACAUGCUCGUGACAGUGAUGACUCUUUUCGACUUCAGUUUGUGCCCAGAGGAGCUGCUGCACAUCCUGGUUCUGAAAUUGAUGAUAUAUUUCGGGUCAGCGUUGCACCCAGAGCAGGGCGUACACCUGCUACUCCUGUUCCUGCUCCAGCUGAUAUUUUUCAGCCUUACAUUUCACCAAAAGCAGAUCGUAGACCUCCAGCUCCUAUUCCUGCUCCUGUUCCUGCUCCUGCUGGAAGCUGGGGAGAGCCAAGAAAUGGAAUCUAUACUUCACUUGGAAGUGACUCAGUCUUCAGGAUGUCGCCCAACAGAACCUACAGUUUGUCUGGAAUCAACUCAUUCUACACUAUUGCCCCCAGCAGAAGCCAUACUGUGUCUGGAAGUGACUCAGUCUUCAGGAUGUCACCCAACAGAACCUAUACUGUGUCUGGAAGUGACUCAGUCUUCCCUAUGCCACCCAACAGAACCUAUACUGUGUCUGGAAGUGACUCAGUCUUCAGUAUGCCAUCCAGCAUAAGCUAUCCUUCAUCUGGAAGUGACUCAGGCUACUUCAGUAGGUCACCCAACAGAACCUAUACUGUGUCUGGAAGUGACCCAGGCUCCAGUAUGCCAUCCAGCAUAAGCUAUCCUUCAUCUGGAAGUGACUCAGGCUACUUCAGUAGGUCACCCAACAGAACCUACACUGUGUCUGGAAGUGACCCAGGCUCCAGUAUGCCAUCCAGCAUAAGCUAUCCUUCCUCUGGAAGUGACUCAGGCUACUUCAGUAGGUCACCCAACAGAACCUACACGGUGUCUGGAAGCGACCUAUCCGCCGACUCCUUCCGGCCUCCCCAAGGACCCAUUUCGCCUCGUGGUCCUAUUCCUGCUGUUGAUGAGAAUUUUGGGCUUCUCUUUCAACCCCAAGGAGCCAGUACGCCUCGUGGUCCUCCUCCUGAUGAAUUCUGGGAAGGGCCAAGAAAUACAACCUAUACUGUGUCUGGAAGUGACUUAGCCUUCAGUAUGUCACCCAACAGAACAUACACUGUGUCUGGAAGCAGCUCAGGCUCCAGUAUGCCAUCCAGCAUAAGCUACACUUCGUCUGGAAGUGACUCAGGCUACUUCAGUAUGUCACCCAACAGAACAUACACUGUGUCUGGAAGCGACUCAGUCUUCCCUAUGCCACCCAACAGAACCUAUACUGUGUCUGGAAGUGACCCAGGCUCCAGUAUGCCAUCCAGCAUAAGCUACACUUCGUCUGGAAGUGACUCAGUCUACUUCAGUAUGUCACCCAACAGAACAUACACUGUGUCUGGAAGCAACUCAGGCUUCCCUAUGCCACCGAACAGAACCUAUACUGUGUCUGGAAGUGACCCAGGCUCCAGUAUGCCAUCCAGCAUAAGCUACACUUCGUCUGGAAGCGACUCAGGCUACUUCAGUAUGUCACUAAACAGAACAUACACUGUGUCUGGAAGUGACGUAUCCACCGACUCCUUCCGGCCUCCCCAAGGACCCAUUUCGCCUCGUGGUCCUAUUCCUGCUGUUGAUGCUCCUACUUCUGCUCCUGUUCCUGCUCCUGUUCCUGCUCCUCCUCCAGCUGGUAAUAUUCAGGCUCCAAUUUCAUCCCAAGCAGCCAGUACAGUUCCUGCUCCUCCUGCUUCUGCUGAUGAUGAAUCUUUUUGGGGUCGAAUUGGACACCAGCUAGCCAGAACACCUCCUGCACAUGCUCGUGACAGUGAUGACUCUUUUCGACCUCAGUUUGUGCCCAGAGGAGCUGCUGCACAUCCUGGUUCUGAAAUUGAUGAUAUAUUUCGGGUCAGCGUUGCACCCAGAGCAGGGCGUACACCUGCUACUCCUGUUCCUGCUCCAGCUGAUAUUUUUCAGCCUUACAUUUCACCAAAAGCAGAUCGAAGACCUCCAGCUCCUCUUCCUGCUCCUGUUCCUGCUCCUGCUGCACAGUGGAACAAUCCUAGACACAGAGCCUAUACUGUGUCUGGAACCAACACACCCUCCAUUGUGAUACCAGCUAGACCCUGCAGUGUGUCUGACACCAACAUAACCUCCAAAGUGACACCAGCCAGACCCUACAGUGUGUCUGACACCAACAUACCCUCCAGUGUGACACCAGGCAGAACAGGUUUUGGGUCAUCAAUGGUCACAGUCACCAGCCUACUACCAACCAGAACCAAUAUUGGGUCAUCCAUGGAUGCGUCCUCCUGUAUGAGACAAAACAUAGCUCUUACCCUGCCUUCAAUCAACAUGCCCUCCCAUCUGAUAGGAAAGAGAGCUGAUACUGGGUCUGCAGUCAACACAUCCUUCAGACCGCGCAGAACCAGUUCUUUGCCUUCAGUCAGGCCUUUCAGCCAGGAUGUCUUACCCAGCACUAGAAGAAAUCUGGAAAUUUAAUUAUCAGAUAUGACACUGUUCUUCAUGAAAAUACUCGCUUCUUUUCAGAAAAAAAAAUACUCCAGCAAUACAAAAAUAUCUAAAUAAAAUACAGUCUUAACUA